AUGGUCCCGCCGCCAGGUCCUCUCGACCUUCGGGCAACUUCGCGGACCUCCUCCCGGCCGCCGCUUCGGUCACCGAGGCUCCAUGUUGCCGGAGAGGUACCCCCCGAAUUAUCACCUCUCGAUGCCUUUGCCUUGCAAAGCCGACUUUUGGCAAAACAGCUUGAAGACUCUGGGAGAAAGGCUGGUCGCCGCAUGAGCAGAUUGCCUCCCCUUACCACAGAUAGUCCUUUGGUUGUGCAAGGCCGGUCUGAAUAUUUCCGUUCAAUGUCCCAAGACUCUGCCUCGUCUGACCAGAGCAAUCAAUCUGAACAAUUCAACGACGGACUAGGCUUGCGAACCGAGAUCGAGGAUGCCUUCGGCGACAAAAGGCCCGUCUCUAUGCACCCGCGCAUGAGCCGCAUCCCGCCUACUCCUUGCGAUGACAUCCCCGUCCCCCCGUUGACCCGUGAGAUGAGCCGUGAGCAGGACAUGAACGGAAUAGAUCAGACAACGUCAGCAUUCGGCGCCCAGCGAAUGGAAUCGCCGUCUCCCAUCGACGAAUCCUCUCCUGUGCGAGAACACUUUCACACGUCCCCCGGCAAACAUGGCCCUAGUUCCGCCUCAGAAAGCAGCCCUCUUCCUACCGUACCUUCUCCGGAACGCCACACGCGGCAGCACGUAGGGGCCCUUGAACCACUAGGACUCGCUCCGCCAAGGCCUGCGUUCCACAACCGUCCUUCGAGUGCGGCGUCGUCGCCGCUUGAGCCUACAGACGAGGAGGGUGUGAUGUCGAGCUCAUUUCAUUCCCUACCCCCUAGGAAAUUGUCUAGUGGGAGCGGUAUUUCCAACUCCCAAGCGGCCUCGCCAGCCUUACCACAUGCCCAGCGAUCUCCUUCGAUAGCGUCAGAGCGAUCAGCACCUCUCCCCCGGCCGUCCUUCAAUUUUUCGAGACCUCUAAGUAGGGCCGGCACCCCCGGUCUAGACUUCACCAUGAGAAAAACUUCUCUCGACACUUACUCAACCCCCACGGCGGCCGAAGAGGGUGUGAGCACCCCACACAGCAUUAGCAGCGAAACUUUCGAGGGCCACGAUGACAGCAAGGCAGCAGCCCCUUCAUACAUCUAUUCGAAAUUCACGCUUCCUCGUGGCAAGGCCCUCCACCGGUCCAACCUCUCCGAUAAUCAAAACAAAAGUGCCUUCGUCUGGGAUCAACCUAUGGCCCCAUCAAGUAGCAUGCCGCAUUCUAUCCCUGGCGCACCACCUUCGCCACCGAUCCGGGCAUCAAGUCCGUCUAACAAGGAUCUCUCUGGCGGUUAUAGUGUCCGAGGCCCGUCUCUAGACCAUAACGCUGGAAUUGGCCCCGCACCGCAGCCUUCACCUAAUCCCAGUCGUCCGUCCACGGAUGAAGGACGAUCUUCUGAAGAUGAUCCGCGGGGCAGAGCACUUACGUCCCCCGUCCACGACAAGAUGCGGGGGGCAACGACCAUGUCCAUUUCCACCAGCGAUUCUGCCAGCACGAUCAAGGCGGGCCGUUCGGCACAUGGCGCCGUACCAUCUGCAUCUGAAAUGACGGCAGAGGAACAUCUUGCGAAGGGUAUCGAGUGCCACGAAAACGGCUCCCUAAGCGAGUCAACCUACCACCUUCGAUUGGCUGCUAGGCAACACCUCCCCACAGCAAUGCUUCUUUACGCACUUGCCUGCCGCCAUGGCUGGGGCAUGAAGGUCAAUGAGCGAGAAGGCGUUGAAUGGCUACGCAAGGCCGCUGAAUAUGCUAGUCUGGAAAUCGCUGACGACGAAGAUCAAGAGAAGGAAGGGAAGCAUGUCGACGUCGUCGGACGCCGGACCAGAAAGGCCCAGUUUGCUCUGAGUAUCUACGAACUUGGAGUAAGUCAUAUGAACGGCUGGGGCAUUGAGCAAGACCGAGUAUUGGCCUUGCGAUGCUUCGAGAUUGCCGGAUCUUGGGGUGAUGUUGAUGCACUCGCUGAAGCUGGCUUUUGUUACGCCCAAGGUAUUGGAUGCAAGAAAGACCUAAAGAAGAGUGCCAAAUUUUACCGAAUGGCUGAGGCCAAGGGCAUGAGCAUGGUGGGCAAUAGCUGGAUCCACAAGUCAAAGUAUGACGACGAUGAUGACAAGGACUCCAAGUCUGAUACCAAGUCCAUCAAGAACCGGAGCAAGUCCCGUACAAGAGGACUCUUCCGCCUAAAGUCCAACUCUUAA